AGUUACCAUAGAGCAGAUGCAAUCACAUUCGUCUCUGUGGCUUUAGGUCCUCCAACGUUAUAACAGCAGCUUCGUGUGUUGGUGCUGAUCGGUAACCGGUACCAUGGCGUCCGCAAACGCCCUCAACAAGCAGCCGCCUAUACAGUCUACGGCCGGAGCCGUGCCUGUCCGCAAUGAGAAGGGUGAAAUCUCGAUGGAAAAGGUGAAGGUGAAGCGCUAUGUCUCCGGUAAAAGACCAGACUAUGCACCAAUGGAAUCUUCUGAUGAGGAGGAUGAGGAGUUCCAGUUCAUUAAAAAAGGGAAGGAGCAGGAAGCGGAAGUGGAGGAACAGCCAGAAGAAAGCACCAGCGAUCCUCGUCUACGUCGAUUACAGAACCGUAUGAAUGAGGAUGUGGAGGAGAGAUUGGCCAGACACCGUAAGAUAGUAGAACCAGAGGUGGUGGGGGAAAGUGAGUCUGAGUCAGAACCGGGUGAGGAAUGGCAUGUGGAAAGAGAGAGAGAACGAGAGAGAGAAAGAGAAGACACCACUGAGGAGGAGGAAGAAGAGGUGGAUGAUGAGGAAAUCGAGCGUCGCCGUUCUGUCAUGCGCCAGAGAGCUGAGGAGCGGAAGAAUGAAGAGAUGGAAGUGAUGGAGGUAGAAGAUGAGUGGAAAUCGGGGGCAGAGUCCGAGUCUGAGUCAGAAUAUGAGGAAUACACAGACAGUGAAGAUGAAAUGGAACCUAGACUGAAACCUGUAUUCAUUAGAAAAAAAGAUAGGGUAACUGUACAAGAAAAAGAGGUUGAAGCACUGAAACAGAAAGAGGUGGAGGCUGAAGCUAAGCGUAUGGCGGAGGAGAGACGUAAAUACACCUUAAAGAUUGUAGAGGAGGAGACCAAGAAAGAAAUAGAGGAGAACAAGAGGUCGCUGGCAGCUCUGGAUGCACUGAACACAGAUGAUGAGAAUGAUGAGGAGGAGUAUGAAUCCUGGAAAGUGCGAGAGCUAAAACGCAUCAAACGUGACCGUGAAGAGAGAGAAGCGAUGGAGAAGGAGAAGGCGGAGAUAGAACGCAUGCGCAACAUGACUGAGGAGGAACGUCGUGCCGAACUCCGCGCCAACGGCAAGAUCAUUACUAACAAAGCACUGAAAGGGAAAUACAAAUUCCUGCAGAAAUACUACCACAGGGGCGCUUUCUUCAUGGAUGAAGAUGAGGAUGUGUAUAAGAGAGAUUUCAGUGCUCCCACAUUGGAAGACCACUUCAAUAAAACUAUUUUACCCAAAGUUAUGCAGGUCAAAAACUUUGGUCGUUCUGGUCGGACAAAAUACACUCAUUUGGUUGAUCAAGACACAACUUCAUUUGACUCUGCCUGGGGCCAGGAGAGUGCCCAGAAUACAAAGUUCUUUAAGCAGAAAGCAGCUGGUGUAAGGGAUGUGUUUGAGAGACCAUCUACGAAGAAAAGAAAGACAACUUAGUGGGUCUACACAUAUGGACUUUUUUUUUCUACCUUCCAGAGUGCAGGAUUAAUCUAGUUGUGUAAAUAACUUGUCUCAUUUUUUUGGAUGAUAUUCUGAAUGCCCACAGUCUGUUCUAGCCAUCAAGGGUUACUGUAAAAAUAUUUAAAUAUUUACAGUGGGCUGAAAAAAGCUUGAAAUCAUUUUUGCAGGGCUUCCGCUGCUGCAGGGAAAUGUGUAAAAUGCCUAUGUUCCCAUUUAAUGAAUGUGUCAUUUCUUCAGGGAUCUGGUAAUGGUUUGGACUCAACAUUCCUGAGCAAACAUACAGUAGGAAACGUUAUAUAAUGACCAUAUUACUGAAUUAUAUAUAUCAGAACUGAGUGGGACUGAGAGUUUAGCAACCUCUUCAGUACCAGUACUUGCCAAUCCUUGUUCACAAAGGAGCCAGAUCGUCCACUGCCAACAUAACUAUAUAAGAAUACCCUGUGUUGACAGUAUUGGCAUAGGAGAUAACCAUUAAUAUUUUUUAUCUGUGUCUCUUCUAUCAAAAUUGAACUUUGAGAAAAACUGUAAAUAAAAUUCCAACUAUCGAUUA